AUGGAGAAGCAAGCAUACUCGGACGAUGACGCCCAGCUGGCGCAGAUGGGCCACAAGGCGGAAUUGAAGCGCCAAUUCUCACUAUUGUCAAUGCUGGGGCUGGCGUUCGCCAUUCUCAAUUCAUGGACUGCAUUGUCAGCCAGUUUAUCCCUCAGUUUGCCUUCUGGAGGCAGUGUGAGCGUUGUCUGGGGGCUGGUUACAGCUGGUAUUUGCAAUCUAUGCAUGGCUGCGUCGCUCGCCGAAUUUCUCUCGGCUUAUCCCACUGCUGGAGGUCAAUACCAUUGGGUUGCUGUCAUCUCGUGGGAACGCUGGGUGCCCAUCCUCUCUUGGAUCACAGGCUGGGUCAACUGCUCCGGAUGGGUAGCCCUGGUGGCUACCGGUGGUCUGCUGGGCAGUCAGCUCAUCCUGGGCGUGAUUUCAUUGAUGAGCCCGACAUAUGAGGCCCAACGCUGGCAUCAGUUUUUGAUCUACAUCGCAUACAACUUGUUUGCAUUUACUAUCAACAGUCUCUUGAACCGAAUUCUGCCUCUAUUCAACAAAGCCGCUUUCAUCUGGUCCCUUACGGGGUUCACCGUGAUCUGCAUCACCGUUCUUGCGUGCGCUUCGCCUAACUAUAACUCGGGAGACUUUGUGUUCCGGGAGUUCACCAACACAACCGGUUGGCCCGAUGGCAUCGCAUGGCUUCUUGGCCUCUUGCAAGGUGGACUUGGUGUGACUGGAUUUGACGGUGUUGCGCACAUGAUUGAGGAAAUCCCCAACCCCUCCGUUGAAGGCCCCAAGAUCAUGAUCGCCUGCGUCGGUAUCGGCACUGUGACCGGUACCAUUUUCUUGGUCGUCUUGCUCUUCGUGGCCGGUAACAUUGACGAUAUCAUUGCAUCCGCGGCCGGUCCUCUGCUCGCCAUUCUCAAGAACGCCACGCAGAACAAUGCUGGUGCGAUUUGUCUGUUAAUUUUCCCCCUGGUGUGUAUGCUCUUCGCAACCACUGCCAUCAUGACGACCAGCUGUCGCAUGUGCUACGCGUUUGCUCGAGAUGGCGGUCUUCCAUUUUCGCGCUUCUUCGCCAAGGUCCACCCCAAGUUGAAGGUUCCGUUGAACUCUCUCCUCCUGAACUUGGGCCUCGUCAUCGUCUUUGGCCUCAUCUUCUUGGGCUCGACUAGUGCCUUCAAUGCCAUCGUGUCCGCUUCGGUUGUGCUGCUGGAUCUGGCUUAUGGAAUCCCUAUUGCGAUCAAUUGCCUUCGGAGACGCAACACCCUCCCCGAGCGGCCCUUUGUUCUGCCCAACUGGCUUGGAUGGAUUUUGAACAUUGUGUCCCUGGUAUAUGUCACCUUGACAACUGUCCUCUUCCUCUUCCCUCCCGACCUUCCCGCCACCGGCAGCAACAUGAAUUACUGCGUGGCUGCCUUUGGUAUCGUGUUUGUCAUUUCCACGAUCACAUGGAUCUUUGACGGUCGCAAGAACUACUCUGGUCCUCGUAUCGAGGCUGAGGUUCUCUCUGGACAGGUUGGCGAAAACCCAGAUCAUGCGCCUAUCCCCGUGGUCGAACAAAAGUCGUAG